GACGGCAUAUUCAAACAUCACUCCAAACUCACCAACUUCCUGUUGAUUGCUGAAAGUGAAAGGAGGGUUUGUUGGCACAUCGAUCCGCGAGUGGGUGAGCGUUUUUCCCACAUUCAAGACUUAACAAAGGGCGGCGUGCUUCUUUCUGUGUGUAUUCGAAGCGGCGGUGUGAGUAGAGAUGGCUAUGCGGGUUUGGGCUUCAAGGGCUGCUUCUUACCUUAGGAUCUCGGCUUUCCCCAGAGGCUUUGCUACUGUUGCCAAGGAUUUGAAGUAUGCAGACACCCAUGAAUGGGUUAAAGUUGAUGGUAGUUCUGCCACUGUUGGCAUCACCUAUCAUGCUCAGGAUCAUCUAGGCGAUGUGGUCUUUGUUGAGUUACCGGAAGUUGGGGUUGAUGUAAAACAGGGCGACAGUUUUGGCGCUGUUGAAAGUGUUAAGGCCUCCAGUGAUGUCAAUUCUCCUAUUUCUGGCAAGGUGGUUGCAGUUAAUGAGAAACUCAAUGACUCCCCAGGCCUGGUUAACGGGAGCCCGUAUGAAGAUGGGUGGAUCAUGAAGGUGGAGGUAAGCGAUGCGAAGGAACUGAGUUCCUUGAUGGAUGCGGAGCAGUAUUCGAAGUUUUGUGAAGAAGAAGAUGCAAAGCAUUGAGGGAGGGUUGCUUCACAGUACAAAGCUGAUGACAAGAAAAAGUUGUUAAAACUUUCUAAACUUGUGGAUUCUUAAGGUUCCUAUCAAUGGCUGCUCAAUCACCAUAGGUCUUUUUAGGUUUAUUGGUUUUGGUUUCUGAGUUGUCAUUGGUAUGGUGUUGCACAAGUGCACAACACAUUGCAAUCAAAAUGUGCAGUACUUUGAUGGUUUGAUUUUUAAGUUGAUAAUAAUCUUUCUUGAAGGGAAUUUAGAACAUUAUUUA